UGCAGUGUGUGUAAAAAAUCUUUCACACAAAGAUCUUCUUUAAAAAAACACUCUCUUGCUUAUACUAGACAGAAACCGUAUACAUGCAGUGUGUGCCAUAAAUCUUUCACACAUAAAUGUUAUUUAAAUCAACACUCUCUUGUUCAUACUGGAGAGAAACUUUAUUCAUGUAGUGUGUGUGAUCAAUCAUUCACUCAUAAAUCUAGUUUAUAUAGGCAUGCCCUUGUUCAUACUAGAGAGAAGCCUCAUUCAUGCAGUGUGUGUGAUAAAACUUUCUCAUUUAAAUAUCAGUUAAAGAUACACUCUGUUGUUCAUACUGGGGAGACGCCUUAUUCAUGCAGUGUGUGCAAUAAAACUUUCACACAUAUAUCUUCUUUAAAAAAACACUCUCUUAUUCAUACAGGACAGAAACCCUAUUCAUGCAGUGUGUGUAAACAAUCUUUUACACAGAAAAGUAAUUUAAAUCAGCACUCUCUUGUUCAUACUGGAGAGAAACUUUAUUCGUGUAGUGUGUGUAAUCUGUCAUUCACACAUAAAUAUAGCUUGUAUAGACAUUCCCUAGUUCAUACUGGUGAGAAACCUUAUUCAUGCAGCGUGUGCAAUAAAACUUUCUCAUUGAAGUCUUAUUUAAAGAUACACUGCGUUAUUCAUACUGGAGAGAAACCCUAUUCAUGCAGUGUGUGCAAUAAAUUUUUCAGGCAUAAAUCUUCAUCAAAAAAACAUUCUCUUGUUCACACUGGGCAGAAACCUUAUUCAUGCAGUGUGUGCAAUAAAUUUUUCAGGCAUAAAUCUUCAUUAAAAAAAUAUUCUAUUGUUCACACUGGGCAGAAACCCUAUUCAUGCAGUGUGUGUAAUCAAUCUUUUGCACAUAAAUAUAACUUAAAUCAGCACUCUCUUCUUCAUACCGAAGAAAAACUUUAUUCAUGUAGUGUGUGUGAUCAAUCGUUCACACAGCAACCAAGUUUAUCUAGACAUUUCCUUGUUCAUACAGAAGAGAAACCUUAUUCAUGCAGCAUUUGCGAUAAAAGUUUCUCAUUGAAAUUUCAGUAAAAGAUACACUCUGAUGUUUAUACUCGAGAGAAGCCUUAUUCAUGCAGCCUGUGUGUUAAAAGAUUCUCAUCCAAAUCUCAUUUGAAGGUGCACUACGUUGUUCAUACUAGAGAGAAAACUUAGUCAUGCAGUGUUUACAAUAAAAUAUUUGAGCAUUUAAAUUUUAGUUAAAGACAUACUCUGUUGUUCAUACUUGAGAGAAACUUUAUUCAUGCAGUAUGUGUAAAAAAUCUUUCUCACAUAAAUUAAGUUUAAAUAAACACUCUUUUAUUCAUAUUGGA